AUGGCUGCUAGUGUGAGAGGUUUGCAGAUGAUCGAGAUCAUUUCGAUCUUGGUCGCUCUUUGUUGCAUUUGUGUCGCAUUGCGUGUGGUGGCGCGCGCACGUCGAAGAGUUAGCUUCGGUGUUGAUGACUAUCUUAGUCUUCUGUCAAUGAUGUUGAUGUUGGCUAUGUUGGUUGAGCUGGUUCUAUGGUGCACGAUUGGAGGUAAUGGUGCACAUGUUAAAUCACUAGACAACAAGACAAUCGAAAACUUCUACAAGAUCUUCCUCGCAAAUCAAUUCACCUACUUCAUCCUAUGCCCGUCCAUCAAGAUCUCCAUCAUCUGCUUCUACCGCCGAGUAUUCACCACCCCCAAAUUCCAACAAGUCACCCUUGGUAUAAAUUGCCUUAUCGCCGCCUGGGGAGCAGGAAUAUUCUUCGCCUGCGCCGGACAAUGCCGCCCACUACGCGCAUAUUGGGAUCAAAGCAUCGACGGCCACUGCUUCAACGCCGACCUCUUCUUCAUUGUCAAUCAAGCAUUCAACGUGCUAAUGGACUUCGUCAUCCUCGCCCUCCCCGUUCCAAUGAUCUGGGGUCUUCACCGCACCUGGCAAGAAAAACUCGCCCUUAACGGCGUUUUCGCAAUCGGAGCCUUCGUCUGCUUCGCUAGUAUUUACCGCAUCGUGGUUCUAUUCUGGAUCAGCCCCACCGACACAACUUACACAGUCUACCAAGCAACAUUAUGGACACACAUCGAGCCUUCCGUUGGACUCAUCUGCUCUUGUCUCCCUAUCGUCCGCGGUCUGUUCCCAAAAUUCAAGCUGAAGAACCGUUCCAAACGCAGCAAUGAACCAUACUAUAUCGAUACGGACAUCAGUAAUUCGCACACAUUGUCUAAGUCAAGUCCCCUCUCGCCAGAUCCAACCUAUCUGAGAAUGCAGUCUUCUAUCUCUGGUGGGCGUCAGUCUAAAAGGAAUAGACUGGGCGAUGAGCUUGGUAUUAAGGUUCAAACUGACAUUGCUAUUUCCCCGGACGAUGACUCUACUACUGCAUUACAGCCGCACAGCUAA